UUUGGCAAUUUCCCGUCGUUCCCGCAUUUCCCGUUUCCCGCAUUUUAGGGUUGCCCGUCGUUGAGCCUAAAACACAGGUGCCUAAAAACCCUUGUCCAGUUGGCGGAAAGAAAUAUAGAUUGCCCGUUGUGCAACAGUUAAUACAUGUCAGCUAUCUUUUCUGUCUUUGUAGUUGAGAUUAUUGCAACUCAAACGCAUUUCAUCUUGCCCGGGUUCUUACUGACUUAGCUUUUGGAUUAAUAAACCAAAGGUUAAAAAGAGACACUGAUCUAGGGAUAACUCAUAUAUCUGUAAUGCUAAUGCAUUUAUUCCUAAAUUUGAAGGAAAAAUACCUAUAAAAAUAUCAGGACAUGGCUACGAAAGCGUCCAGUGAUGAUGGUAUGGAAUACAGAGAAAUGAUGGCAAAAUUAGCGAAACGUAUUGAUGAUGGAACUUUGGAGAAAUUGAAAUAUCAAUGCAGAGAUUUAAUUGGUCCUGGUCGACUUGAAAAGGUCGCGAAUGCUCAAGGCUUGUUUGAAGUUCUAGAAGAGAGGGAUGAACUGAGUUGCGAUAACUUGGAAUUUUUAAAUAAAAUAUUGAAUUACGUUGGCAGAUUGGAUUUGUGCAAAAUUAUUACAUCUUAUACUGACUAUAUAGCUGCCCUCAAUGACAGUGUUACAGAUCUAUAUCCAACUGCAGCUCCGUUUAAUAGCAAUGAAGGUGAUACGAGUGUUCCUGAACAUUCAAACACUACUUCGUCAAAAAUAUUCCACCCCGAUGGUGAAAAAGGACCCCAAAAGACUGAUAUUUCUCAUGGUACAUACAGCGCCGUCAAUGAAAGACAGAAUUGUACAAGACCUUUUGAUACAUCUUCAAAUGUUCCCCAACACCAGCAGCCCAGUUCGAAUCACAAUCAAAUGACUGGUAAUCGUAAUCAGUCAAAUACUCACCAAGCAGCCCUAAGGAUGGGUAAUCGUAAUCAGUCAAACACUCACCAGACAGACCCAAUGAUGGAUAAUCGUAAUCAGUCAAACACUCACCAGGCAGACCCAAUGAUGGGUAAUCGUAGUCAGUUAAACCCAAUAGGUCAUGCCAUUCCUCCUCAAGUGGAAACUGCUCUUGAACUGGUAAUUAGUUCGAUAGCUAGGGGAUGGCAGAGUGCAGCCAGGCAUCUCGGUGUCCCCGAUGUUAUCAUAGAUAGUGCUCAAGACAAUUGGCCCAGGAAUGUAAGAAAUCAAAUAAGAGAAGCUUUCACAUAUUGGGCGAGAUCUGAUGACGAGGCAUCUGUUGCUAAAUUAAUUGAGGCAAUGAGACGUUCUGGAAGGAAUGAUAUAGCAGAUGACUUGCAGUAUGGCUGAAAUGAAUUCUUCAAAUUUAACUAUAUACACUGUUCUAUGUCUAUUUUUUCUGUAAAUCAAAGUGCAAGCAAUGAAAAAAAGCAGAAUCUGGAACUGGGUUUGAGCUGGGCCCAAUCGUGGCAUGAGCCCACAGACUAUAUCCUACUAAGGUAGUAAAUUGAUCUCAAAUACACCCAUCUCAUACAACUGUAUCAAUAAUAUAGACACAGGAGAUUUUUUUCAUUCAAAAAUCUUGCAUGUGUAUUUGUUUAAAUUUGGUUUAGUGGAGUGUGUUGUUGAUUUCAGCAUAUUGAUUGAAAGCUUUGCACUUUUUGAAUUUUUUUACAAUGAAUUUUGAUUGCGAUAUUAUAAUCCUAUUUCAUGAUUGUCCUUGUCAACUAUAGAGUUCUCUUCACAACAGCAUAUGAUUAUCUAAUCAAGCCUUGCAUUACAUGACAAAUAACGGGUCAUGGAAUCGAAUUAUCUCAAUACUAUCCUGUGGAUUGCAGUCUCACUGCUUAAUAAAAUAGGCUUCUCUGCCACAAUGCAAACACAUGAACAUGUCAACACUGCUGUCCCGUAAAAAAUCUUCAUAUUCUCGUCUAAUAAAAAGUUUAUUUUAAUGCUUUA